AUGACAAAAUUAUAUCUGCAAUUGAAUUUUGUUUAUAUUUUCUUGACAAGAUAAUAAAACACCAAACAUAAUCAUGAAGAAAUCCUCAAAAUCCAAUUACACUCUCCACAUGUCUCUCCCAAAAAGGGGGCUUUUUUGCAUUGUAACAUUAUAACUUGGGCAUUGAUUCGAGGGUGGGUUUACUGCCUACUAAGGAAUUACCAAACUUGCCAACUGGAGAACACAAUAUGACAUAACAAAGGUCAUGGGCAUCACUUUAGUCAGAAUCAUUUUAAUGUAUCGUUUAUCCCUUCUGGGAUACCAGUUGCUGUCCAUUGCUUCGUUUUGUAUCUUGCUAUCAGAUGUCCCUUUUCAAAAAGAGCCUUAGGUUUGCAAUUGUCAUGUUGAAAUUAGUCUAUGUUUAAAACAGUCAGUUAAACUACUACGUUUUUAAUAUUUAGAUAUUUCCAUAGAUUUGACUGGAAUUCGCGGCUGCAGUGAAACGUAAGGAAAAGCUAAAUUUAUGAAACGCUUUAUUUCGCCCGGCUGACUGUCCAAAUGAAAUGAAGUUUUUGGCACACACGAAGAUUUCAAUUUUAUGGUCUUUUUCGGCUCAGAUGAAAUGAAAAAUUGUAACUUCACCAAUCAACUUCACAACCUUCCGUCAGAGCGAGGCUGAUAGAACACAUGAUAGCAAGUAAAUGGCGGGAGUUGUGACCGGUUCGAUGAACUGACAAAAUAAAAGUAUAGGAAUAAAAUGGUAAAUGCAAACGAAAUAGAGGAAGUGCUACUUCGUCUAACUGUGCCAGAUAGUAAAAUUAUUCAGCAGGCAACAGCACAGUUAAUUCAAGUCUUCACGAAUCCAGAUAUUGUUCCUGCUCUGAUUCAGAUCUUGGUAUCUGCAACAAAUCCAACAGUACGACAGUAUGCAGCUAUUUUGGUAAGGAAGAGAAUUGUGAAAAAUCUUGAUAAAGUUAAUGAUGAUGUUAAAAACAGCUUAUGUGCAGCACUGAUUCAAGCUUUGUCAACUGAGCCAGAACACCUUGUUCGGAUAGCCAUUUGUCAAGUGAUAAGCGCUAUAGCAAAAUACAAGUUCAAGCAAGAUGGAUGGCCGGAGGUCAUGCAGUAUAUCGGAAAUGUUGUUCACAGCGAGGAUUUGAAACAAAAAGAGGUUGGCUUUCUCCUUCUCAGUUGCAUUUGUGAGGCUUGCAGCGAACUACUGAAACCAUUUUACCCUGAGUUAUUUCCUGUGUUCGAAAUCGGGCUGAAUGAAGGAAAAUCUCGAAAAUCUGCUUUUUAUUCUAUCAAAGCAUUAACCUCAAUUGUACCAAGUCUCGGAAGUGAUGAAGAGCAACUCGUUAAAAUAUUGAUACCAAAGGCACUGGAAGUAGUGAAGCUAUUAGUUCAUGAAGAUGAAGAAAAAGCUUGUGAGGCCCUGACCUUCUUUGACGAGCUUGUUGAAGUGGAAAUAGGCAUCAUUAUCCCAUAUGUCAAGUCACUCGUUGACCUUUGUUUACAGAUUGUACGAAGAGAAAAUUACGGAGACGCUAUCAGAGUGAAGGCUCUUUAUCUACUGUGCUGGGCGUGCAGACGUAAAGCAAAGGCCCUGCUUAAAUCACAUCUUCUUGGUCCACUGCUGGAUAUUCUCCUGUCACUCAUGAGCUUAGCUGAGAAUACAGAAGCAAACGACAGCGAAGAAAGCCAAGAAAGUAUUGGAGAUGACGAUGACGAAGACGGGGGAGAGAUGGAGGGCAGUACAUUGCCAUCUGUUGCAGCUCAGGCACUUGAUUUGUUGGCUCUUCACCUCCCCCCUGCAAAAUUCAUUCCUCAAGUGAUGGCAAGGAUUCAGUCAUAUCUUGAUAAUACCAACGAAUAUCAUCGAAAAGCAGGCUACAUCGCCCUGGGCGUGUUAGCCGAAGGAUGCUCUGAUUAUAUCAAAAAUAGGCACCUAGGUGAAGCUUUGCAGACUGUUUUCAAAGGUCUUUCGGAUGGUUCAUGUAUUGUUCGAAAUGCUGCUCUUUUUACCCUUGGUCAAUUUGCAGAGCAUUUUCAGGAGGACAUGAACAAAUACCACGCUGACAUUAUUCCAGCGCUUCUGGUGCAAAUGCAAAACACGCUGAUGAGCCAGGACCUAAAACAAAGAAUAACACUAACUCGGACAUUUUAUGCCUUAGAGUCACUUUGCGAAAAUUUGGAGAGGUCAAUAAUUACCCUCUAUCUAAACUCACUGGUGGAAACAUUUCUCAACACAAUUAAAUCUUCAAAGGGUCUUUAUGCCACCGAGCUUGCAAUAAGCGCUAUCGGAUCUUUAGCUACGUCAGCAAAAGAUCUUCUACUGCCCUUUUUUCCUCACAUUAUGGACCACUUAAAGGGUUUUCUACAAGAGCCAGCCACAUACGAAACAUCAAGUCUUCAAGCCCAAGCAAUUGAUACUCUUGGUGCUGUUGCACGUAAUAUUGGCGAAGACAACUUUAGAUGCAUGGCGGAAGAGUGCUUACAACUGGGAAUGGCACUAGUGGAAGAUUGUGAUGACCCUGACAUCAGAAGAUGCACGUAUGCCCUUUUUGCGUCACUAUCAACAAUACUGAAGAAAGAUAUGAGCAAAUACUUGAGCAAAAUAGUACCAAAGAUGAUUGAGUCACUCAAGUCAACUGAAGGAUUCAUGAGCGUGCCACUCAAAGACGAGCCUUCAUUUCUUCUUGAAGACGACUUAGUUGGAGGAGAAGGUGAUGGAGGAGAGGAAGACGAUGACGAAGAAGGGUAUACUGUCGAAAACGCUUACAUCGAUGAAAAGGAAGAUACUUGCAACUCAAUCAGCGAAAUUGCUGAAGAGACAGUAGAGGAGUUUCUGCCAUACAUAGAAGAGUGUUUCAAUGAAGUCUUCUUGUUUGUCGAUGACCCCAAUGUUGGCUUGAGGAAAGCUGCAAUAAUGUCCUGUGCAGCCAUGUCCAGUGUUCUAUAUACAGCCUUAAAGAAAAAGGGUUCAUCAGAUUUUUCUCCAGCAAUUAAAUUAACAGAAAAGACGUUUUCCGUUACUUUGAACAUAAUUGACAACGAGCAUGAUCAGUCCUGUGUGAUGGCUGCUGUCGAUGCAGUCAAUCAGCUGUUGAAAUCCUUUAAAGGGGGAGAGUUGCAAGUGAAAGAAUUGGCUGAUAAAAUAGCUAACGCCUCGCACAAUUUACUGCUAGCAAAGACACCUUGUCAGCAAGACGGUGACGACUCAUUUUCGGAAGAAGACGAAGAAUCACAAGCUGAAAUGGACACAAUAUUGUUUGAAAAAGCCGGUGAUAUACUGCCAUUACUAGCACAGGCUGUUGGUGGUGAAGCUUUCAAGCCUUACUUUGAAGCAUUCUUUCCACUUCUCAUCAAAAGAACGAAAAAAUCCUGUGCUGUGUCUGAAAGAUCAUUUGCUGUUGGUACGAUGGCAGAGAUAAUUCAAGCAAUGGGGAAGCACACAACCUCCUACGUAGAACAACUUGUGCAAUUAUUUCUAAGUACAGUGAAGGAUAGUGAUGAUGAAGUUGUCAGCAACUCUAUUUUUGGGUUAGGUGUUGUGGCAGAAAGCGCCGGGGAGGCGUCUAUACCAUAUUUUUCUAACAUUCUUCAGACGUUGUUUAGCAUUGCAAAUAGCAAUCCACCUGCCCUGGUGAUUGAUAACAUUUGUGGAGCAGUAGCAAGACUGAUUAUGACAAGCCUGAAUGAUCUGCCCGUACAACAGGUUCUUUCUGUUCUUGUCACUCAUCUCCCAAUUAAAGAAGAUAACAGCGAGAAUGAAACCGUCAUGAAAUGCAUUUGCUUCUUAUACCGAACCGCAAUACAGCUCAUUGAACCCUAUAUUGGACAGUUAUUGGGUUACAUGAUGCAAACACUGGUAACACAAGGAAGUGGACUAAAACCUGAAACAAGAAAAGCGCUGAAAGAGAUCUUGACUGAAAUCAAAGAACGUUCUCCUAGUGACUUUAUGUCUGUAAUCACAGCUACGGGAAUCAGUCCGACUUUCUUUGGCGAUCGUUUAUGACGCCCGUGCAAUGCCGCUAUCGCUUAGUCGGUGCAGGAUAAAAUGCAUGGCCCCCGGAUCUUUAGAGGAUCAGUAUUAGAAUUCCAAAACAACUAGUGCGUGCCAAGUGACACCAAGCUAGAAACUGUUUGAAGGCUAAGAAUCUAGUAUAUAUUUUGUUAUGAUUGAAGUCUAUUUUGUCAAUAGUUCCAUGUUAGUAAAGAAA